CCGCGCGCCGGGGCGGCGAAUGAAAGGCCGACGCCGCUGGGGGCUGGCUGCGAGCGACGCGGCGACACCGGCCUCCGGGGCGGCGCGCUCCCGCGGAGAUGUACGGUGUGUGUGGCUGCUGUGGUGCCCUUCGCCCUAGAUACAAAAGGCUGGUUGACAACAUCUUUCCUGAGGACCCUGAGGAUGGCUUGGUGAAGACCAACAUGGAGAAACUGACCUUCUAUGCCCUGUCAGCUCCAGAAAAGCUAGACCGCAUUGGUGCCUACCUCUCAGAGAGGCUUAUCCGAGAUGUGGGUCGCCAUCGCUAUGGGUAUGUGUGCAUUGCCAUGGAGGCCCUGGACCAGCUGCUUAUGGCUUGCCAUUGCCAGAGCAUCAAUCUCUUUGUGGAGAGCUUCCUCAAGAUGGUGGCCAAGCUGCUGGAAUCUGAGAAGCCCAACCUGCAGAUCCUCGGCACCAACUCGUUUGUGAAGUUUGCCAACAUUGAGGAGGACACCCCAUCCUACCACCGGAGCUAUGACUUCUUUGUGUCUCGAUUCAGUGAAAUGUGUCACUCAAGCCAUGACGACCUGGAGAUCAAGACUAAAAUCCGGAUGUCAGGCAUCAAAGGCCUGCAAGGGGUAGUGAGAAAGACGGUGAAUGAUGAACUGCAGGCCAAUAUAUGGGAUCCACAGCAUAUGGAUAAGAUCGUCCCAUCUCUGCUUUUCAAUCUGCAACACGUGGAGGAGGCAGAGAGCCGGUCUCCCUCACCCCUCCAAGCACCAGAGAAGGAAAAAGAGAACCCAGCAGAGCUGGCUGAGAGGUGUCUGCGGGAGUUGCUGGGUCGGGCUGCCUUUGGCAACAUCAAGAAUGCCAUCAAGCCUGUUCUCAUCCACCUGGAUAAUCAUUCUCUUUGGGAACCCAAGGUGUUUGCCAUCCGUUGCUUUAAAAUCAUCAUGUAUUCAAUUCAGCCGCAGCACUCCCACCUGGUUAUCCAGCAGCUCCUGAGCCACCUGGACGCUAACAGCCGCAGCGCGGCCACCGUGCGCGCCGGCAUCGUGGAGGUUCUGUCGGAGGCCGCGGUCAUCGCCGCCACCGGCUCUGUGGGGCCCACCGUGCUGGAGAUGUUCAACACCCUGCUGCGGCAGCUGCGGCUCAGCAUCGACUACGCGCUCACCGGGAGCUACGACGGGGCCGUGAGCCUGGGCUCCAAGAUCAUCAAGGAGCACGAGGAGCGCAUGUUCCAGGAGGCCGUCAUCAAGACCAUCGGCUCCUUUGCCAGCACGCUGCCCACUUACCAGCGCUCGGAAGUGAUCCUCUUCAUCAUGAGCAAGGUCCCGCUGCCCUCCCUGCAUCACCCCGUGGAGACUGGGCGGACAGGGGAGAACAGAAACCGGCUGACACAGACUAUGCUACUGAAAUCCCUCCUUCAGGUAUCCACAGGUUUCCAGUGCAGCAACAUGAUGUCAGCCCUACCCAGCAACUUCCUUGACCGCCUUCUCUCUACUGCCCUCAUGGAAGACGCAGAAAUCCGCCUCUUCGUUCUGGAGAUUCUUGUCAGUUUCAUUGAUCGUCAUGGCAAUCGGCACAAGUUUUCAACCAUCAGCACUCUCAGUGACAUCUCAGUCCUGAAGCUGAAAGUAGACAAGUGUUCCCGCCAAGACACUGUCUUCAUGAAGAAGCACUCUCAGCAGCUGUACAGGCACAUCUACCUGAGCUGUAAGGAAGAGACAAACAUCCAGAAGCACUAUGAGGCACUCUACAGCCUGCUGGCGCUCAUCAGCAUCGAGCUGGCCAACGAGGAGGUGGUGGUGGACCUCAUCCGCUUGGUGCUGGCUGUUCAGGAUGUGGCACAGGUCAAUGAAGAGAACUUGCCUGCCUACAACCGCUGUGCCCUCUAUGCUCUGGGUGCAGCCUACCUGAACCUCAUCAGCCAGCUCACAACAGUGCCUGCCUUCUGCCAGCAUAUACACGAGGUGAUAGAGACAAGGAAGAAAGAGGCUCCGUACAUGCUCCCUGAGGAUGUAUUUGUGGAAAGGCCCAGACUGUCUCAAAAUCUAGAUGGCGUGGUGAUCGAGUUCCUCUUCCGCCAAAGCAAGAUCAGUGAAGUCUUGGGAGGCAGUGGCUACAACUCAGACAGACUCUGCCUACCAUACAUUCCCCAGCUGACAGACGAGGAUCGCUUAUCCAAGAGGAAGAGCAUUGGGGAGACCAUUUCCCUGCAGGUGGAGGUGGAAUCAAGGAACAGCCCAGAGAAGGAGGAGCGAGUGCCUGCCGAGGAGAUCACCUAUGAGACGCUGAAGAAGGCCAUUGUGGACAGUGUGGCAGUUGAGGAGCAAGAACGUGAGCGCCGGCGACAGGUGGUAGAGAAAUUCCAGAAGGCACCCUUCGAGGAGAUUGCAGCUCACUGUGGGGCUCGGGCAUCACUGCUGCAGAGCAAACUCAACCAGAUCUUUGAAAUCACCAUCCGGCCCCCUCCAAGCCCAUCGGGAACCAUUACUGCAGCCUAUGGCCAGCCACAGAAUCACUCCAUCCCCGUGUAUGAGAUGAAAUUUCCUGACUUGUGUGUGUACUGAAUUCUGAGCCAGAGCUCCUUGGAGGACAGGGUCUGAGGAGGAUGCACCCUCACAUCCACACCUACUGCGUGGAAUCGCUGAAAAUACUCAUCAAUGGCUCCUCCCCAGCUAAGCACAAGGGGAAUCUCUGGGCCUUAUCUGGCCCUGUGUAAUCUCCUGCCUCCUCCUUGUCUUCCUUGAGAAAGAUCCAGCCACCUGCCCUCAGAAGCCGAUGCACAUCUGACCUAUGCCCUCUGACUUCUCUUUUGUGUCAGCCAGGGACAAAGAAUCAUGUAGGUGACUCUAAUGAGAAAUAGGGUCCUGGGAAGCUCCUGUUUGGCAUGUUGAAUGAAAUGCUGUCAUUAGGGGCCAUCUGUGUGGAAGUGCUGACCAUCUCCAGUGAAGGGAAUUAGGUGGAAACUUAGUUGAUCAAAGAAAGCCAUAGAUGGCAGUUAGAGGAAUGUUCCCCUUAUAAACAUCUGAGAGAUGUUCCCCUUAUAAAGGAUUUACUAUGUGGGAGCUGCAAGAUGGUGGCUGUCUCAUUCCUCAACAGUAUCCCUUUCCCCUCAAGUCUUGGAUAUCUCUUCCACUCUCUUGCUCACCCUCCAGUUGUCUGUGUUUCUUUCUAUUAUUAAUGAACACUAAGCUGUUAUAACAGGAAGUGGGUAUAGAGACAGUGAGGUGGACAGAAAGGUGGGUAGCUGGGGAAAGAAAGGGGCUCCUUCUCGCAGUUAGCAACGGCCUCAGCACUACCUCCUGUCUUGAGCACAAGUGGAGCAAGCCCAUACCUUGUUGCACAUUCCUCACCUUUUAAAGUUGACCUGCAGUGUCAUUUUCCAUGGCUCUCUCUCUCUCUCUGGAAUGUUUCUCUGGGUUGGUUUUCUCUCUGAUGUCUUCCUGCCAAGGAUCCCACAGUGUUUCCGUAGCUUCUGGUAGAGGGAAAGCCUAGCAUGAUAGCUGGCUCUGGUUUACUGAAAAAGAAGUACAGGGGUUACCCUCAUCACCUCCCAUAGAAGAGACAGCUAGCGGGGCUGGGGAGGGGAGGAGAGGGAGGAACAAGCCCUAAGGCAUGUUGUGGCUCAAGGACAGAAGGAUCCAGCAGCUAGUACUGGAGUGAUUUCUUCACUUUUUGGACAGAUUCUGGACAUUUGUGGUAACUGGCCCUGCAUGUGGCCCAGGGAGAGGUGGUAGAGAUUCCUUUGGGUUCUGGGUUUCCAUUUCCUUGUGCAUCACCUAUCUGUCCCUGUGAGACCUAUAUGUAUGAGGAGAACUGCUGACCCAGUGCCAGACAGGGUGUUAAAAAAGGCUGCUUGCUGCUCUUUCAGUGGAUCCUCUUGCUGAUCCCCCCGUAGGUGUCCUUGUGCCUCCCUGGGCACCUGUGGUGGCACCCUGGACCUCCUCCAGUGAUAGCAUCCCAGGGUCCAAAAUAGUCCUUUCAACGUCCAUAGAAAGUAACUUUAGGUACUACAGUUUUAGGCAGUGUGAAUGGGGUCAGAAAGGGGCUGUUUUUGCUAAGGGAACUGUAGAUCCCAGUGAGAGCCUAGUCAUUAGGACAGGUGCAAGAAGCUGAACACACGUUUCCCAUUACGUAAGCCUGUCUGAGCCUUGUCCCUACAGCUGCAGCUGUAGCUUUUCCCCGUGCUCCUCUCGCCAUGCUGUGGGCAUGUGGCUCCUGCAUGGCCUGCAUGAUAAGCUCAGGGCCCAAGGAGGAGACUCCUGUUCCCCCAUGGCUUUUGUGCUAUAUUCUAUGACUUUUGCUCAACCCACCUAUCCAAGUGUGGACUUAGAUUUAUUUACUAAGAAAGCAGCUUUAACUUAGGGGUAGGGAGAUGGUUCAGUAGUUAAGAGUGCUCGCUGCUCAAGUAUGAAGGCCCUUCAGGCUAGAGACUACCAAGUUUGACUCCUCAGAACCCACAUUUGAAAAAGGUUGGGCAUGGCCAUUCACUCCUGUAAUUCCAGUUUGUAGUGGGGGAGGGACAGUCAAAGGAGCUUGCUGACCAAUAGGAGCUUCAGGGCCAGAGAGACCCUAUCUCAAGAAAAUAUGCAGAUGAGCAAAAGAGAAGAGUACCCAGAGUUCUCCACUGGCCUCCACACACAUGUGCACAUACACAUGAAUACACCAUACAUCACAUUCCACACACAUACAAAAAAAAAAAAAAAACUUUAAACAAUCUUGAAGGCAACAAUUGUUAGAAAAAAACUAAAGAAAAUCUUAAAAGACUUUAAAAGAGCUACAAACACAUCUUUUUCACUGCAUCCCCCCUUCUUUUAUUCCAUGCUUGGCUUAGAUGAGGGCCCUCUGUUUCUUAUUCCCAUAUAACAUCAGAGUCUUUGGCCACACUCAUGCAGACAUGCACAGCACCUUUUACUUACUUCUGUGGAGUCUUUCUAGAGUCAGCAUCAGAGGCAGAGACCUGCAGGUCCACUCGGAGACUUCCACCCCUCACCUCCUCCUGGGAAUAGAAGAAAGGGGGGCAGGGCUCCGCAGACUUGACUGCUGCUCAGACCUUCCUCUGCCCAACCUAGCAUCUUCUUCACAUCACAGCUCCUUAGCAAAGAUACGCUGCUUUUGGAGAGCCAGCAAGUUCUUAUGUAUCCUCUUCCCAGUGGUUUAUAUUUGCACUCAGUAUAAUAUUUGGUUGCCUAAUAAAUCCUGGUCAAGUAUGCCUUGGAAUCAGACAGUCCAAGGUGAGUGUUCAUUUGGGCAGAAAACUAAGCAGUAAACACAGUAGUGUCUAUCACCCCGUUAUAAGACCUGGGAGAGAGAAAAAAACAGAGUAGAUGGGAGCUGGAGCAAAGAAUCUGGGUCAUGGUCCUCAGUCAGUGUCCUCAUGUCCUGUCUGUAGGCCUCUGGCAUCUGUCUCAUGCCCCAUUUUACUACCCUCCUCUGUUGCAAACUUGAACAAGAAGGAGUCAUUCAAACCAGCUGCCCCCAAAGGACUGUGGCUUGUGGGCAAGGGGUUGACGUCCUGCUGACAAUGUAACAGGCAUGAAUGUAUUGGAGGUUUGGAAGUAAAUUGUUUGAAUCAUAGAAGUAGAUGAGCACAAAGUACUUUGUGGUCCCAGAAAGCACUUCUGUUUUCUUGUACUGAGCCUAUUCCCAUUUUCCUCUCUCUGAAGAGUAGAGUAAGUGGUUGCUUGACUCCUGAAUACCUUCACCAGGUCAUUAAAAAAGAGAUAGAGAGAGAGAGAAAAGUCCUCAGAUUCUCUUAUGCCCUCCCCUACCUACACACAAAAAAUGAGCAGUGAAAUGGCCUGGCCAAGGAGUGGCACAGCAUCGUAUGUGCUCCUUUUCCCCAUGCUGUUCCAGUCUCGGGUGGGACACAAGUCAACUGGAAUAGGAGUUAGAAGAGCCCUAAGGUUCCUUUAAAUGGCAGAACCUGGGUGUCUCAAAGGGCCCCUGAGUCCACAGUGCCUUUCAGAUGCCCUUCCACUGUCCCUUCCAGCCUGCAACAGUGCUGUUGAUAAGUGAGGCAACUUUUCAGUUCCUCAUCUUGACCAGAAAAUGACAGCUGGCAAGUUUAGGGCCUGCAGAAAGGACAAGAGCUGAGCUGUUGAGCUGAGUGCUGUGUUUAAAGGCAGCCAUCAGGGACAUCUCACCAGGACAGGCUGCUUGCUUCCCAUCACCCUAGUCUUGGCAAAGAGGUAAUAUUGAAACUAAGUGUACUUCUUAAAGCUAGGGAGAAGGUUUGGGGCAACAUGUUGCCCCUUUAUCCCAUUCACUUAGAAAUCUGGUUACUGUGGCUCUUUAGCCCAAACCAGGCCUAGAUCUAAAAUAAAAUAGAGAAGGGGAGCCAGGUGAGCUAGCCUUCAAACCAGCACUUGGGAGGCUUUGAGUAAGUGGGCCAAAAGUAAAGCCAGUGUGGGCUACAGAGCUUAGGUUACAGUGAAAUCCUGCUCCAAAAAGUCCCUCCCCUCCAAAAAGAAUACAGAAAGACAGUCUUCAUGGUGGAUGCUGUCCUGCUAAGUGAUAAGGGGAGCCGUAGGGUGGCAGGAAGGGCUUUGUGGCCCUAUCAGCUCUCUGGCACUGGCCUGGCUGAGUAGGUCUCCAGGAAGCAUGAGGCUUCCUACCUUUCCCUUUUGAGCUGUUCCUCCAGGAUUAUGGCAUAUGGAAUACUGAGUUGUAAAUCCAUAAAUGCUGCAGCCCAUCUAUCCUAACAUGUCCAUUUACCUUCAUGACCUGGCUGAGUGUGUGUGUGUGUGUGCCUGUAUGCAUGCAUGUGUGUAAUGUAGUUCGUAGUUGCCAAAUGUAUGUAUAUGAUAGCUGACAUAUUUAUAUGUUAGUCAGAAUUAGUGCCUGAGGCAGUUUUCUGUAUUUUAAACUUGUUGUAUCAAAUAGUUUGCUUUUAGAGAAGGGAAUGGAAAAGGGAAUUGUGGGAAACUUAGGAAGAAGAACUCUUAGCAAAAUCAUUCUUUAGAACUAUUGUAAUUUCCCAGUAAGGGGAUGCCCUUUUCAAAUAAAUGUUAAUGUUGUCACCA